AUGGUCAACACGGUUUCCUCUGGCAAGCUGGCCCCUCCAAACGGAAUCCAAUCAGCCGUUCGUUGGAAGCUGAUACUCUUUGCCAUUCUCAUGGCCGUUGUGCCCAUCGGGACAUAUUUCUCCUCACUACGCUUUGUUUUCGGUGGUGCGACCACACCCUCUGCCAUCGCUGCCAUCGUAGCCGCCAAUAUGGUCCUGGUGGGAUAUGUUAUUGUAGCCUUCCGUGAAGAAGCUCACUCACCCCACCCUCCCAUACCUCUAGAGAAGAAGUCACGUUGAGGGCAUGUCCUUUGGGGUUGUGAUUGUUGGAUGCAUCUAUCCAUUC